UCAGCUAAAUUUGUCAAAAUUCCAAUUGUGUUGAAGCCGCCGCAUGCGUGGACAUUUGUAUUGGGAUUUGAUCUGAUUUUGUGAAGUAUUGUGAAAAUGCCGACAAUUGGAGUAAAACGAGAUUUACUUUUCGAACAGCUGGGUCAGAAAUACACUGACGAUGAGUUCCAGCAGUUGUGCUUUGCUUUUGGUCUCGAAUUAGAUGAAGUGACGACUGAGAAGCAAAUGCUCACUAAGGAACAAGGCGAUGUGGCUGCAGUGGCGGAUGCAUCUGAAGAUAUUAUUUACAGAAUAGACAUUCCAGCAAAUCGAUAUGACUUGCUGUGCAUGGAAGGGCUAGUCACUUCUUUACUUGUUUUCCAGGGCAAAAUAAAGCCACCGAAAUUCAAAAAAGUGGAGCCAGCUAAGCGCCAAGUGCUUAAAAUUCUACCUGAAACUGCAGAAAUACGUCCAUUUGCUGUAGCAGCUGUUUUGCGGAACAUCACCUUCGACAAGCAAGCGUACGACAGUUUCAUUGAACUUCAAGAUAAAUUGCACCAAAAUCUUUGUCGGAAACGCGCUCUAGUCGCAAUUGGUACCCAUGAUCUGGAUACCAUACAGGGUCCAUUUUCUUAUGAGGCGCGCACCCCAGAUAACAUCCAAUUUGUACCAUUGAACCAAACGAAGAAUAUGAAUGGACAUGAAUUAAUGAACUUUUAUUCAACUCACGCUCAGUUAAAACAAUACUUACCCAUAAUACGGGAGUCGCCAGUAUAUCCAGUUAUCUAUGAUGCAAAUGGUGUAGUAUUAUCAUUACCGCCAAUCAUCAACGGUGAUCAUUCGAAAAUCACACUAAAAACACGCAACGUAUUCAUUGAGUGCACCGCAACCGAUUUGACUAAAGCGAAAAUUGUACUGGACACCUUAGUAUGCAUGUUCUCAGUACAUUGCGCUGAGAAAUUCACGGUGGAGCCGUGUGAUGUUGUACAACCAGAUGGCACUGUGAUUACAUAUCCACUACUUGAAGUGCGCGAAACAGUGAUAUCUGCUGAAAAGGCUAACGCCUACAUUGGCAUUCAAGAAGAAUCGUCCAAAAUCGCUGACAUGCUCACGCGCAUGUAUCUAGAUUCGCAUGUAGAAGAGGGUGGCAAUAACAUAACCGUGCAAAUACCACCAACACGACACGACGUCAUGCAUGCUUGCGAUAUCUAUGAGGAUGUGGCGAUUGCUUACGGUUACAAUAACAUUAAAAAAUCUUUGCCAGCUUUUAUGCAUAUAGCGAAACAAUUUCCACUCAACAAAUUGACCGAGCAGUUGCGUGAACAGGUGGCUCAAGCAGGUUUCACAGAAGCUAUUACCUUUACUCUCUGUUCGCGUGAUGAUAUUGCACGAAAAUUGAAUAAAUCCAUUGAUGCUAUAGCUGCCGUGCACAUCGCUAAUCCGAAAACGUUAGAGUUUCAAGUAGUACGUACCACUUUGUUAUCAGGUCUACUCAAAACGCUGGUAGCCAAUCGUAAAAUGCCAUUGCCUUUAAAACUAUUUGAAAUUAGCGAUGUUGUAGUAGCUGACGACGAUACCGAAGUGGGUGCACGUAAUGAACGUCGGCUUUGCGCAGUCAACUGCAACAAAAGUGCUGGAUUUGAAGUUGUACAUGGUUUGUUGGAUCGCGUAAUGCAGUUGUUAGAGGUCCCUUGGAAAACGGGAAAUAGGAAGAAUGGAUACUAUUUGCAAGCUGCUGAUGAUCCCGCUUAUUUCCCUGGACGUUGCGCUAGUAUUAUGCUUGAUGGUGUAGCAAUCGGUCGCAUUGGUGUACUGCAUCCAACUGUACUUCAGGCAUUUGAAUUAACCACACCCUGCUCAGCUGUAGAGUUCAAUAUAGAACCAUUCGUAUGACAGCGGUAUCCAGAUACGAUAAAAGAUGCGAUAAAGUAACUCCUAUAUCUGUUCUUGACAGAAAGCUGUUACGUUAGGAAAAAGUUUAGAAAUAUAUAAAAGCGAUGGCAUGUCUAAUUCAAUUUAUUUAAAGUUAUUUAAUAA